AUGGCUCCCACGAUCGAUGCUCGAAACUUCUUCGACCAGCACGAAAUCGCGGACACCAUCAUCAAAUGCGGCACCCGCGAGUUCAAAUGCCACAGAUUCGUGCUCUUCACCGCAUCCGACUACUUCAAGAAGCUGCUCAGUCCGACUGGCAGAUUCAAGGAGGCCCGUGAAGGCGUCGUCGUACUCAAGGGACAUGGUCCGCAGGCAGUCGAAGCGGUCCUACGGUACAUCUACAGCUUCGAGUACGAGGAUAUCAUUGGGAAAGACAAGAUCAAGUCUACGCCAGAGUACCAUCUCAGCGUUUACGCCGCCGCACACGAGUACCAGAUGGAGAAGCUUACGGCCAAAGCCUUCGCCGCCAUGGAGAAUGCUUUGUCUAAGGUUCAAACUGGGAUCCCGAUCACCAAUGGUGGCUACGGGCCAAAUGAUGUCUUCGAGCUGGUGAAGUUGCUCGCAGCACACAAGGACUACCACGCAGCAUUUACGGAGAAGAGCCACGAACUUGUCCGGAAGCACCUUGCCGCAUUGAUGACAUUAAAGACAUUCCGCGCAUGGCUCGAGCAAGACAACAACCCGGCUCUGAAAUUCGUCUUGGCGGCCGUCGCGAACCCAAGCACUGUGGAACUCCAGAUCUGUCACACAUGCCUCAAAGUGGCUGUGGACGAUCCUGCCUUGGAUCACCAGUGCUCGUACGGCCUCGCCGGCAACUAUGCCUGCGGAAGACUUACGAUCCAUUGCGGCAAGCAGAUGAAGUUUACGAAGAUCUUAGUUUGGGCAAUGCUUCUUCGGGGCUAG